GUCCUGGCGGCUGUUAACGCGCGCUUUGGGUAGAGGAAGGUUAAGCGGCAGUGCUUGGGAUUCUGCUCUGCGGCUCUUUCCAGCCUUGCCUGGGAUUCCCCUCCCAAGCCCGGGUCUUCUGCGUGUCCUGCCUGGACUCCUGCUCGGCCUCCCUUAGGCCCGCAUCCGCACUCCGACCUGGGAAAUCCCUUCUCGGGACUCGCCCUCCCCAGGCCUCAGAUUUUCACUCCCCCCCGCCCCCCCGCUGCUACCCGCUGCCUUCAGGUCCAUCUGGGGCCGUUAUCCCGACUCCCCUCUGCCCAAUCUGGCCGUCUCUUCCCCUGCCUCUUCUCCCCAUCCUAGACCUCUACCCACUUCUGAUUGGGUACUUCCUUUUUGCCCUUCUCUCCCGCCUUGGCUACCUGGAGACCGACACUCUUCAUACUUCGGGCCCAAACCUCAGCCCCUGGCUGUAUUCCCUCCAUCCCUGCUCCUUUAAUUAGCCCAUGCUCUCAAAAGAGUAGCAGCCCUCUCUUUACUAGGCUGGUUGUACAUUCUCAGCUGCUGGGUGCCUUUGACCUUUGCCUAAUGGGUACUUGACAUUUUAUAUUCCUGGGUCCAGGAUGAGGAGGAGCUUAGCUCCCAGCCAGCUGGCCAAAAGAAAACCGGAAGAUGGACCCUCUGAUGAUGAAGACUGGCAGCCUGGAGCAGUGACUCCUAAGAAACCUAAGAAAUCCAGCUGUGAGACCCAGAGCCAGGAGUGUUUCCUGUCUCCUUUUCGGAAACCUUUGACUCAGCUAACGAAUCGACCACCCUGUCUGGAUAGCAGUCAACAUGAAGCAUUUAUUCGAAGCAUUUUGUCAAAGCCUUUCAAAAUCCCCAUUCCAAAUUAUCAAGGUCCUCUGGGCUCUCGGGCAUUGGGCCUCAAACGGGCUGGGGUCCGCCGAGCCCUCCAUGACCCCCUGGAAGAAGGUGCCUUGGUUCUGUAUGAGCCUCCCCCACUGAGCGCCCAUGACCGGCUGAAGUUUGACAAGGAAAAACUUCCUGUUCAUGUGGUUGUUGAUCCUAUUCUGAGUAAGGUCUUGAGGCCUCAUCAGAGAGAGGGAGUGAAGUUCCUGUGGGAGUGUGUCACCAGUCGGCGCAUCCCCGGGAGCCAUGGCUGCAUCAUGGCUGAUGAGAUGGGCCUGGGCAAGACGCUGCAGUGCAUCACACUGAUGUGGACGCUUCUGCGCCAGAGUCCAGACUGCAAGCCAGAAAUCGACAAGGCAGUGGUGGUGUCGCCCUCCAGCCUAGUGAGGAACUGGUACAAUGAAGUUGGGAAAUGGCUUGGAGGGAGGAUCCAACCUCUGGCCAUCGAUGGAGGCUCUAAGGACGAGAUAGACCAAAAGCUGGAAGGAUUUAUGAACCAGCGUGGUGCCAGAGUGCCUUCUCCCAUCCUCAUCAUUUCCUAUGAGACUUUCCGCCUUCACGUUGGAGUCCUCCAGAAAGGGAGUGUUGGACUGGUCAUAUGUGAUGAGGGACACAGGCUCAAGAACUCCGAGAAUCAGACUUAUCAGGCCCUGGACAGCUUGAACACCAGCCGACGGGUGCUCAUCUCUGGGACCCCUAUCCAGAAUGAUCUCCUUGAGUAUUUCAGCUUGGUACACUUUGUUAAUUCUGGAAUCCUGGGAACUGCUCAGGAGUUCAAGAAGCAUUUUGAAUUGCCAAUUCUGAAGGGUCGAGAUGCAGCUGCCAGUGAGGAAGAUAGGCGUGUAGGAGAGGAGCGACUGCGGGAGCUCACCAGCAUUGUGAAUAGGUGCCUGAUACGGAGGACAUCUGAUAUCCUUUCUAAAUAUCUGCCUGUGAAGAUCGAGCAGGUGGUUUGUUGUAGGCUGACACCACUUCAGAUUGAAUUAUACAAGAGGUUUUUGAGACAAGCCAAGCCAGCAGAAGAGUUGCGUGAGGGCAAGAUGAGUGUGUCUUCUCUUUCUUCCAUCACCUCACUGAAGAAACUCUGUAAUCAUCCAGCUUUAAUCUAUGACAAGUGUGUGGAAGAGGAAGAUGGCUUUGAAGGUACCUUGGACAUAUUUCCCCCUGGUUAUAACUCCAAGGCUCUAGAGCCUCAGCUGUCAGGUAAGAUGCUGGUCCUUGAUUACAUUCUGGCGGUGACCCGAAGCCACAGCAGUGACAAAGUAGUGCUGGUGUCCAAUUACACUCAGACACUGGACCUCUUUGAGAAACUCUGCCGAGCCCGAAGGUACUUAUAUGUUCGCUUAGAUGGCACGAUGUCCAUUAAGAAGCGAGCCAAGGUUGUGGAGCGCUUCAACAACCCAUCGAGUCCUGACUUUGUCUUCAUGCUAAGCAGCAAAGCUGGGGGCUGUGGCCUUAAUCUCAUUGGGGCUAACCGACUGGUCAUGUUUGACCCUGACUGGAACCCAGCCAAUGAUGAACAAGCCAUGGCCCGGGUCUGGCGUGAUGGUCAAAAGAAGACCUGCUAUAUCUAUCGCCUGCUGUCUGCAGGAACCAUUGAGGAGAAGAUCUUUCAGCGUCAGAGCCACAAGAAAGCACUGAGCAGCUGUGUGGUGGAUGAGGAGCAGGAUGUGGAGCGACACUUCUCUCUCGGCGAGUUGAAGGAGCUGUUUACCCUGGAUGAGGCUAACCUCAGUGACACACAUGACAGGUUGCGCUGCCGCCGCUGUGUCAACAACCACCAGGUCUGGCCACCCCCUGAUGGUUCUGACUGCACCUCAGAUCUGGCUCAGUGGAACCAUAGCACUGAUAAGCGGGGGCUCAAGGAUGAGGUACUCCAGGCUGCUUGGGAUGCUGCCUCCACUGCCAUCACCUUUGUCUUCCACCAGCGUUCCCAUGAGGAGCAGCGGGGCCUCCACCUUUAACCAGCUGGUCUGGUGUGUAGCUGUUAGAGGAAAGAGAUGGGGAGAGGGGACUCCCUGCCCAAUAGGGCACUGUUGAAUUUUGUUCUCUAAGAGAAAAAUCAAGAAGGGCUGCAUGAUGUUUGCCCAAAAUUUAUUUUAUAAGAAAAACUUUUUGGUUAAAAAAAAGAAAGGAAUAAAGGUAUGAAAGGGA